CGGACAUUGCCAAAGCGCCUCCAAUUGGCUGCUGCGUCAGUUGAAACAGUCGUUUGUUGUUUGUGCUCCCGGUAGAAACAAUUUAAAACAAAAAGUGUGUGUUACUUUAACGAGGACAAAAAUGACGACGCGGUUGGGGAUGUUUUAUAUAAUCGGGGCGCUGCUGAUAACACAAAGCGCCGCAAUCUUCAGAGUCCCCCUCCAUAAAACCAGGAGCCUCCGCCGCCUCAUGAGCGAUAACGGUUUGUCUCUGGAGGAGCUUCGGGCUUUGGCGAGGAGCACCGGAGCACCGGACAGCUCUCCUUCCCCCAAAGUGCCCGUAGAGAGGCUGACCAACUUCAUGGAUGCUCAGUACUUCGGGAUGAUCAGCAUUGGCACGCCUCCGCAGGACUUCACUGUGCUGUUUGACACCGGCUCCUCCAACCUGUGGGUGCCCUCCAUCCACUGCGCCUUCCUCGAUUUGGCCUGCUGGCUUCAUCGGCGUUACAACUCGAAGAAGUCGAGCACAUUUAUUAAGAACGGCACCGAGUUCUCCAUCCAGUACGGCAGAGGCAGCCUGUCCGGCUUCAUCAGCGAAGACACCGUCUCUGUUGCAGGUCUGCCUAUUCCUGGCCAGCAGUUUGGCGAGGCGGUGAAGCAGCCUGGCAUCACAUUCGCAGUGGCGCGGUUCGAUGGGGUGUUGGGCAUGGCCUACCCCUCCAUAUCUGUAGCUAAUGUCACCCCAGUGUUUGACACGGCCAUGGCUGCCAAGCUGCUGCCCCAGAACAUUUUCUCUUUCUACAUCAGCAGAGACCCAAAAGCAGCAGUAGGAGGAGAGCUGGUGCUGGGUGGGACAGACCCUCAGUACUACACCGGAGACCUGCACUAUGUCAAUGUCACACGAAAGGCCUACUGGCAGAUCGAGAUGAGCGGAGUUGGAGUCGGCAACCAGCUGACUCUCUGCAAAGCCGGUUGCCAGGCUAUCGUCGACACGGGGACGUCCCUGAUCGUAGGUCCUGUGCAGGAAGUCAGGGCGCUGCAAAAAGCCAUCGGAGCUCUGCCCCUGCUGAUGGGAGAGUACUGGAUCGACUGUAACAGGAUCCCCUCUCUGCCCGUCAUCUCCUUCAACAUCGGCGGGAAGAUGUUUAACCUGACUGGAGAGGAUUAUGUCGUGAAGGAGUCUCAGAUGGGUUAUUCGAUCUGUCUCUCGGGCUUUAUCGCCAUGGACAUCCCGCCUCCCGCAGGGCCCCUGUGGAUCCUGGGAGAUGUAUUCAUCAGGAGGUACUACACCGUGUUUGACAGGAACGCAGACCGUGUUGGGUUUGCACCCGCCAAGUAGAUCGCUGAACACUAUGUGUGAAAUGUUGCUCUUCUCAUUUCUGGUGGUUAUUUGACUUCCAGAGUUGCACCAAGUGAAGCUCAGUUUCAUCAUCAAUGUUGCGUUAUUUCAUUUACAGCAAUCGACAGCAUUUAACGAUCGUUAAACGUCACUGUAAGACCUGGCGUCCCACAUAAAUGUCUCACAUCUGCUUAGAAUAAUGAGGUUUACAUGAGAAGCAACAUUAAUCGCCGCUUCGACGCAUUUUUUGUUUGUGCCACUGAACAAAGGGACUGCUUCACUCUUUCAGUUUGAGCUUCAUCUGUGAUUCGGCAGAAUUCAGUCAGAGCUAUGCAUUUUGAUGUGCUGUUUAUUUUUUUGUAAUGUAGCUGUUCCAGGGGACCCUCAGAUUUUGGGAUGCAAGUUUUUCAUUCCUAACAACUGAAACACAUUUCCAGUUCCCAGUGUGUAAUAAUAUCAUAAUUUUGGAUGGUUUUGUACAUUUGAAGGUAUCUCAGGAUGUUUCUCUUAAUAUGCCUAUGUGGAUUUUAAUACCAAAUCUCAUUGAAUAAAGCUUUAAAUAAAUAUUUUGUCAGAUUUUGAA